CUAUUUCCUCGGGGGUUGCAGGCGUGUGCCUCGAUUUGUAAUCCCCCAUCAUCAGAUAACCCCGAAAAUUCGCUGAUAACCGUCAAACACAAUCUCUGCCACUUUCCCCGCCACCCAAUCACAACGCCGUCAGAUGACAAUUGAGUCAGCCAGACGAAACCCAAAACGAGCAUCCGAUCACGGCCACUGAUCACUUUUGAACCUCAAUUUCCACUCCCUUCCAUUUAUACCCCAACUAUCUCCUCUCCCUUCCCCCUUCACGGGCGAACUCGCAGGUAGACCGACACAAUGGCUCCCUCGUUCGUGACCAUCGACACAACGCCUGAUUUCGACAUGGCACCCGCCCCCUCCUUCCAGCCCAUGUCGACCGGCAGCCCCUCCAAGCGCACUCUCCUCCUCGCUCCCCCCUCCAUCGCCACUCAAGAAGAGAAGCUCCGGGACCUCUUCACCACCUUUGACCGCUCCACAACCGACCUGCAGAUGCUUGACCGCAUAUCUGCCGGCUUCGUCUCUCUCCCCGCCAACACCUACGAUCACAUUGUCGUCCUAACCGAUACCGAUGGCACGCGGCGGUCGGAAGCCCUCCACCUGCUCACGCGGGAUGUCUACACCGCGUUGGUUCCCUGCAUGAAAGCCGGAGCGAAGCUACAGACCCAGGAUAACUUUUUCGGAGAGGCUGAGGAGCGCGAGGCAGUCUUGGCGGGGCUGAUCAAGACCGAUGCCGGAUUUGAGAAGAUGGACCAGCCCAAGUCGUUCGCGAUUCCUCUGCGACGCAAUGGGAAGAAGAAGGAUGCGGCGAAGACAGAGACAGUUGCUCCCGCACCUGCGCCUGCCCCGCCCGUGCAGCCUGUCACCGUGGGCAUGAUUAAUAAUGACGACGAUUACGAGAACGACGAUGACUUGAUUGACGAGGAUACCCUGCUGUCGGAUGAGGAUUUGAAGAGACCUAUCCAGCCCCCCGAAUGCCAGCCCAAGCCCGGCCGCCGGCGUCGCGCCUGCAAGGACUGCACGUGUGGACUCGCAGCACGACUCGAGGCAGAGGAACAAGCCGAGCGGGAGAAGGCAGACAAGGCUCUGAACGUGAUGAAGCUGGAGACGGAGGACCUGAAUGAACUGGACUUUACCGUGCAGGGUAAGACAGGCUCGUGUGGAAACUGCGCCCUGGGCGAUGCCUUCCGGUGCGCAGGCUGUCCGUUCAUCGGACUGCCGGCGUUCAAGCCGGGCCAGGAGGUGCAAAUCCUGGAAAACGUUGCGCAGUUGUGAAAGUUUCCUUUUCAGUUCUUCUCAGGUCGGGUCUCCUUUCUUUCGGUUUCUUGUGGGUUGGCUGGUCGGUUUGCUUGGACAGGCGAUGGUUGGGCGCAGGAUAAAAUAGAAUACCUUAUCUUAGUUUAGCCUUUUUAUUUAUCAUGACCUAACUCUAUGAAAUAUAUAGGGUUACAUUUAGGAAUAUC